ACUGUAUUGUUGUCAACCAUCCCAUUCUCUAGUUAACACUCUGCAGAGAAGAAGCAACACAAAUAUUCAAACAUGAAGAUAAAUUCUCCCCUUCUAGCUUGUUUGGCAGUGUUUUGUUUCCUUGGGGUUUGUCAAGGAGGCAGCCUCAGGAAACAAUUCUACAGGAAAUCAUGUUCUCAAGCAGAGCAGAUUGUUAAGACCACAAUCCAGCAACAUGUCUCUUCAAGGCCUGAACUGCCAGCAAAGUUGCUUAGAAUGCAUUUCCAUGAUUGUUUUGUCAGGGGUUGUGAUGGCUCGGUUCUGCUGAACUCCACUGCCGGUAACACUGCAGAGAAGGAUGCCAUUCCUAAUUUGUCUUUGUCUGGUUUUGAUGUCAUAGAUGAGAUAAAAGAAGCAUUGGAGGCAAAGUGUCCCAAAAUUGUAUCUUGUGCUGACAUACUGGCAUUGGCAGCCAGAGAUGCUGUUUCUGUUCAAUUUAAUAAUGAGCCCAAGUGGGAAGUUCUAACCGGCAGAAGAGAUGGCACAGUAUCCAAAAGUAGUGAAGUCCUGACCAAUAUCCCAGCACCUUUCUUCACCUUCACACAGCUCAAACAAAGCUUUGAAAGCAAAAAGCUUACUCUGCACGACAUGGUUGUACUAUCAGGAGGACACACAAUUGGAGUAGGUCAUUGCAACUUGUUCAGCAACAGGCUUUACAACUUCACUGGAAAAGGAGAUCAAGAUCCUUCUUUGAAUCCCACUUAUGCUGAGUUCUUAAAGACCAAGUGCAAAAGCCUCAGUGACACCACCACAACAGUAGACAUGGAUCCUAAUAGUGGUACCACAUUUGACAGUAACUACUACUCCAUCCUUCUCCAGAACAAGGGUAUGUUCCAAUCAGACGCUGCACUUCUAGCAACCAAGCAGUCGAAAAAAAUUGUUAAUGAAUUGGUUGGGCAAAACAAAUUCUUCACAGAGUUUGGUCAGUCAAUGAAGAGGAUGGGAGCCAUUGAGGUCCUCUCAGGCACGGCUGGGGAAAUUAGGACAAAGUGCUCUGUUGUCAACUCUCACUCUGCAGAGAAGAAGCAACACAAAUAUUCAAACAUGAAGAUAAAUUCUCCCCUUCUAGCUUGUUUGGCAGUGUUUUGUUUCCUUGGGGUUUGUCAAGGAGGCAGCCUCAGGAAACAAUUCUACAGGAAAUCAUGUUCUCAAGCAGAGCAGAUUGUUAAGACCACAAUCCAGCAACAUGUCUCUUCAAGGCCUGAACUGCCAGCAAAGUUGCUUAGAAUGCAUUUCCAUGAUUGUUUUGUCAGGGGUUGUGAUGGCUCGGUUCUGCUGAACUCCACUGCCGGUAACACUGCAGAGAAGGAUGCCAUUCCUAAUUUGUCUUUGUCUGGUUUUGAUGUCAUAGAUGAGAUAAAAGAAGCAUUGGAGGCAAAGUGUCCCAAAAUUGUAUCUUGUGCUGACAUACUGGCAUUGGCAGCCAGAGAUGCUGUUUCUGUUCAAUUUAAUAAUGAGCCCAAGUGGGAAGUUCUAACCGGCAGAAGAGAUGGCACAGUAUCCAAAAGUAGUGAAGUCCUGACCAAUAUCCCAGCACCUUUCUUCACCUUCACACAGCUCAAACAAAGCUUUGAAAGCAAAAAGCUUACUCUGCACGACAUGGUUGUACUAUCAGGAGGACACACAAUUGGAGUAGGUCAUUGCAACUUGUUCAGCAACAGGCUUUACAACUUCACUGGAAAAGGAGAUCAAGAUCCUUCUUUGAAUCCCACUUAUGCUGAGUUCUUAAAGACCAAGUGCAAAAGCCUCAGUGACACCACCACAACAGUAGACAUGGAUCCUAAUAGUGGUACCACAUUUGACAGUAACUACUACUCCAUCCUUCUCCAGAACAAGGGUAUGUUCCAAUCAGACGCUGCACUUCUAGCAACCAAGCAGUCGAAAAAAAUUGUUAAUGAAUUGGUUGGGCAAAACAAAUUCUUCACAGAGUUUGGUCAGUCAAUGAAGAGGAUGGGAGCCAUUGAGGUCCUCUCAGGCACGGCUGGGGAAAUUAGGACAAAGUGCUCUGUUGUCAACUCUUAAUUUAAACAGCUGUUCUGUUUUCCAGUUUUAAAUUCCUUAAUUUGUUUCUUAAUUUUCUGUUUUUGUCGCGAAUAAAUGUGGGUUAUGACUUGUGAAACCGUUGUUAUGUUGAAAAUUUGAUUUAUGAUUCAUAUACCUUCAACCUUGAGUUCAAAAUAAGAUUUCUGUC